UCUAUUGAGAAUCAGUAGACAGGGCGGUUAGUCAGUAGGUCGUUUGGAUACCGGGAAUGUUUUGGCCGGUUGUGUGUUAUAAUAUUUUACGAUUAGCUAACACCUUUUUAAUAUAGUACUGUGACUGUGAUAGUGUAAAUUAUAUAACAAAUUAUAUUGUGAUAUACAUUCUGUAUUAAACUAAUUCAAGUUUAGCUUAUAAGGAUAAAUUUCCUUAUACGAAUCUGUUAUAAAUAAUCGUAUACAAUUAUUACAGUAAUCGUCGUGUUAUAAAUUUAUAUUUUUAAUACUAAUUAAAAAUAACUACAGGCACAUGUUUUCAUCGUAGCAAGCCCUCUAAUAUUUAAUAUAAGAAAAUGUCCCGUAGAAGACUAUUGAUAGGCGGCACUACAGGAGCGGCGACAGCUGUAUUAGCCGCAUGGGCGUUAUCAGCGGAUGACUCAAUUGCGAAUUGGUACAAACGUUCAAAAGUUGCCGCCAAAACGGAAAGGAAGAAGAGGCCUCUGCCGUCACGAACUGAACAGGUGGCGAGCCUGCAGGCUGGUCAUACGUAUGACAUACUCAUUAUUGGGGGUGGUGCCACUGGAGUCGGCUGCGCACUCGAUGCUACCACUAGAGGUCUUCGUACCGCUCUCGUCGAAGCUGACGACUUCGCAAGCGGAACGUCCAGCAGAAGCACCAAGCUGAUUCAUGGCGGCGUACGAUAUUUACAAAAGGCUAUCAUGCAACUAGACUACGACCAGUAUAAAAUGGUGAAAGAAGCACUGCACGAAAGGGCCAACAUGUUGGAGGUCGCGCCGCACCUAACUCGACCGCUGCCAAUCUUGUUGCCUGUUUAUAAAUGGUGGCAAGUCCCGUACUAUUGGUUUGGCAUCAAAAUGUACGACCUGGUCGCCGGCGACAGAAACGUGAAGAGUUCAUAUUACUUGUCCAAGAAAAACACACUGGAACUGUUCCCUAUGUUGAAGUCGGACAACCUGUGCGGUGGCAUUGUUUACUAUGACGGACAGCAAGACGAUGCUCGCAUGAACCUCGCCAUAGCCCUGACGGCGGCGCGGCAUGGAGCUACUAUCGCCAACCACGUCAGCGUGCUCAAGCUGCACAAAACUGCUGGCAAACUGAGCGGUGCCAGGCUAAGGGACGAGAUUACUGGUAAAGAGUGGGACGUGAAAGCGAAGAGCAUAAUCAACGCAACAGGACCCUUCACGGAUUCCAUCAGACAGAUGGACGACCCCACCAUCAAGAAUAUCUGCUGUCCAUCCUCUGGUGUUCACAUCGUCUUACCCGGUUACUACAGUCCUGAACACAUGGGUCUCCUCGACCCUGCCACCUCGGACGGUCGUGUGAUCUUCUUCCUUCCAUGGCUGAAGGGCACCAUCGCUGGCACCACCGAUAUGCCCUGCCAAGUUACACACAGCCCCAGACCCACCGAGGAUGAGAUUCUCUUUAUUCUCACCGAGGUCAAGAACUAUUUGAAUCCUGACGUUGAAGGUGCAAGUCUAAAGCCGCUUUUCCGCGAGUGUCAGACUGAUGGGUUCCUUAUUGAGGGUGCUCACGGCUGGACGCCUACCAUGUACAUUAGACUAGUACAAGACUUUGGCUUAGAAAUGGAAGUGGCACAACAUUUAGCGAAAUCAUAUGGCGACCGUGCGUUCGCUGUUGCUAAGAUGGCGGCGAUGACGGGCAAACGGUGGCCAAUCAUCGGCAAGAAAAUACAUCCAGAGUUCCCGUACAUUGACGCUGAAAUUAGGUACGGCGUCCGCGAGUACGCGUGUACGGCUGUGGACAUGAUCGCGCGGCGGCUGCGGCUCGCGUUCCUCAACGUGCAGGCGGCUGCUGAGGCCCUGCCCGCCGUCGUCGACAUCAUGGCCGAGGAACUCAAGUGGACCGAGGCCGAGAAAGCUCGGCAAAUUAAAACAGCGAGCGAAUUUUUAGCCAACGAGAUGGGACAAAUGGUGAACCGGGCUAGCCGCGACAAGAUACCGAUCAAUCUCAGCAAGACUGAGAUCCAGACGUACAUCAAGAGGUUCCAGAUCAUAGACAAGGAUAGGAAGGGAUUCGUCUCCAUAAAUGACAUUAGAAGAAGUCUCAAGAGCAUGGGUCUGACGCCAAGCCAAGAGGAGAUCAGUGCGAUCCUAUCGGAAAUUGACGUCACGUACAAUGGACAGCUAGAAAUACAGGACUACCUACAGAACUACGGCGAGGAGGUGACCGGUGAACAGUUGCACGAAAUAUUGAGAGAGAUCGACACUAACAUGAACGGACAAGUCGAACUCGACGAAUAUCUGCAGAUGAUGUCGGCGAUCAAGUCUGGCCACGUGGCGUACUCUAGGUUCGCUCGAAUGGCGGAAAUGGAAGAGGAGCAUCACGAGAAAGAAGCUCUUAAUAAGAAGAUCACGGUAGAGAGGAGCGGCGGCGGCCUGUAAGCAUCUUAGUACAAAGAUAAACGAAAUUCAGCGCAACAAAAUAGUUGUAUAAGCACAAAAGACACAACGAACUGCCCACAAGUAUUCUUGUCAUUAUAUCUACCACAAAAAUCAUGCAUAUAUUUUCACAAAGUACUGUCAUAUAUUCAUUCUUCUCACUCUCUAUCUGUUGUAUUAACUAUUUACCAGUACUCCAAGUAAUUGUUUACUCUUAGUUUAGUUUCGAAUUGACUGUCUUAGAGGUUCGACCUAUAUAAAAUGUGUUCAAUGUUCCAAUGUUCAAGG